CUCGCUACGUUGAUUUCAAGAACCGAAACACAUUUCAAUUUAUGUUACAGAUUUUCAUGAUUCUAGCAACACCACGUAACAUAUAGCAUCAAUAUUCAAUACCCUACGAGGCUACGACUAUGUCGAAUUACCGAUGUCCUCUUCUUUGCUCCGACAUGAGACCAGAGACGGGGAAGCUCGCGUACCCGAUUUGCCUGCACGCCAGAGGUGCAGAUCUUAUUUUAAUUCAACUAUGUAGACCCAUUUGGUGAUUUUGACGAAUCCGUCGACAUACGCAGCAGGUAUUAUUCCCAACUCCCACCACUGUUCAUCCACACUUUGCACCUCUUGACAUCUUCUCUACUGUUUUCCCGCGUAAAGUCUGCAACUUUGUGAAGCAACCCCCUUUUUUCAUUAACCUCUAGCUAGUGUCACCCAGAAAACGAAAAUGGGGAGAGGAGGAAGCCAAAAGAACAAAACAAACCCACCAAGGAGUUGCCUUACAACCCACGCUUCUUUCUUCCCCUCCCUUCCAAAAGAAGAAAGUGCAGAAGAAAACAGGGGAAGAAAAGAUCAAACAACUCUUUCAAAAAAUAGAGAAAGCCUCUGGUUUUUUUCUUCCCCUCCUCCAUACUGCUCUUCUUUUUUAAACAAUAAAUACCUCAUCUGCGACUUUCUCCUCUCUUUUCUCUCUCAAUGGCGUCUCCCUUCUUCCUCAGUUCCCCCUGAAUUCAUCUACCUUUCCUCCUCCCCAACUUCCUCAUCAUAGCCUUUUUUUUUUUUCUCUCUCUCUCGCUUUCUCUCCAUCUUUAUCUCUUUAGGCUAUCAGCAGUUCAAUUUCCAUCCAAUUUCGUCUCUUCUCUUCUCUCUUAUGUAAUAUAUCUCGCGUAUGGCCACUCACCAGAGCAGCCCUUUUCAAGAAAUUCCUCUCCUUUCCUGCUUCAUCUUUUAGCCGUCCACUUUUUCAUCUCCUUUUUGGCCUCCGUUCAUCUUCUCCUAAACUUCCUCACCCUUUCCUGCUAAAUUCACUGUAACUCCCCCCUCUGGUUCUCAAGGAAAAAAUGGAAGAUAGCGUUGCGUGUGGAGUUGGUAACGAGGAAGAUCAGAUGGAUCUGCCACCAGGGUUUCGUUUCCAUCCAGCUGACGAAGAACUCAUCUCGCACUACCUCUACAACAAGGUUCUGGACACCAAUUUCUCCUGCAGAGCGAUCGGCGAUGUCGAUUUGAAUAAGUCCGAGCCCUGGGAAUUGCCCUAUGCAGGGAAGGCGAAGAUGGGGGAGAAAGAGUGGUAUUUCUUCUGCGUGAGAGACAGGAAGUACCCAACAGGGCUGAGAACAAACAGAGCAACGGAAGCUGGGUACUGGAAGGCAACGGGGAAAGACAAGGAGAUUUACAGAGGCAAAUCCCUCGUCGGGAUGAAGAAAACCCUCGUCUUCUACAAAGGCAGAGCACCCAAAGGAGAAAAAAGCGAUUGGGUUAUGCACGAGUAUCGAUUGGACGGAAAAUUCUCCAUCCACAACCUCCCCAAAACGGCCAAGAACGAGUGGGUGAUUUGCAGGGUGUUUCAGAAGACCAGCAGCGGGAAGAAAACCCACAUCUCCGGAUUACUCCGGUUCGCCGAACUGGGUUCUUCCUCUCUGCUGCCACCGUUGAUGGAAUCGCCGUCAGCUUACAGCGGCGAUCAGAAACUCAAGCCAGCCGGGGCCGAAUCUUCUUCGGCCUACGUGCCCUGCUUCUCCAAUCCCGAAACCAACAGCGACGAGAGACCAAUUGUUACCAACAACGAGAUUCUAUCAAAUCCAAUUCCUUCUUCUUCCCCGUUUCCUCUCUACUCGCCCCAUUACAAUUCCCACUUCUCCCCAUCCAAUUUCCAGUUCUCUUCCACCCAGAUGCAACAGGACAACAACUCGACUCUUCUUCGAGCACUGCUGGAGAAACAGGGAGGAGCGUUGAAUCUGAAGCAGAAUUUCGGAGCUGCUGACAAUGGGGAGAUGAACGCUGAAAUUUCUUCCGUCGUGUCGCAGGGAGCUCCUCUCGACUGUUUUUGGAACUAUUGAUUGAUUUACUCGGCUUGCUUGCUUGGUGCAGUAGCCAACAAACCCAUCACACUGCAGAAAGGGAGAAUGGAAGCUUGAAUACAGUGUUCAUAGACAGUGGUUUAGUUUUACUAUUUGUUGUUUUGGUUCUUAUCGUUAUCCUCCAUGUUUGUCAUUUACUGUGAUUAUGAUUACUCUUUCUCGUUGGAGCCUGAGAAGAUUUACGUCAAGAAAAGAGGGUGGUUGGAGUCUGUCUUGUAUAUAGAUUUGUUUCGAUCCUAUGAUACAGAAGAAGAAGAAGCAUAUUAAUCAUGAUGAUAUAAUUGUGCUGUGAGGAGAUUUUACUCUUUAACAACACUUUUGCUU